GAAGAAGCAUGGAAUAGUAGAUAUAAAGAAAAAGAGCAAGAAGAAGAAGAAAGAAGAAAGAAGAAGAAGAAGCCGACGAAACCCUCUGUGACUUCCGUUUCUAUUCUCUCUCUCUCUCUCUCUCUCUCUCUCUGAACCCAUCUGAUCUUUUGGACCUGUCUCUGUAAUUUUUCUCUCAGAUCUUUCGAAGAAAAGAAAAUUUUUUAGAAAAAUUUUGAAAAAGGGGUUGCGUGGGGUGAUUUCAAAUUGGAAUCUAGGGUUUCAAUUUUCGUUGAAAAAUCUUUACGAAUCUCAAAUAAAGAGUUUAGGUGGAGUUGGGGGUUGGGUUUGUGUUGGAUUGGGGAAUUUGAGAACCGAAGCGUGUGUGUGCGCUUUUGGAUGAGAGGAGAGUUGAGACGAAGUGUGUUCGUGAGAAGGGACUGUCGGUUCGUAAUUCGUAGCAGGUUUCGCUGGGGCAAAUGCGGCUAGAUUUCUUGUAAAGCUAUCGGAAUUUCGGAUUUUGAUCUGUUUUUUCUUUUUACAACUGUUUGAACUGUGUGAAGAAAGAAUAACAGGAUGCAUCCUGAGCACCCAAAAAAGGACCUCAAACAGAUGGAUUUUUUCACUGAAUAUGGGGAUGCCAAUCGAUAUAAGAUUCUGGAAGUUAUAGGGAAGGGAAGUUAUGGGGUUGUUUGUGCAGCUAUUGAUACGCAUACUGGAGAGAAAGUUGCCAUAAAGAAAAUACACGAUGUGUUUGAGCACAUCUCGGAUGCUAUUCGCAUCCUGCGUGAAAUUAAGUUGCUUAGGCUUUUACGGCACCCUGAUAUUGUUGAAAUUAAGCGCAUCAUGUUGCCGCCUUCAAAGAGGGAGUUCAAAGAUAUUUAUGUUGUAUUUGAGCUCAUGGAGUCUGAUCUGCACCAAGUUAUCAAGGCUAACGAUGACUUAACCCGUGAGCAUCAUCAGUUUUUUCUGUAUCAGAUGCUACGUGCAUUGAAAUAUAUGCAUACAGCAAAUGUGUAUCAUCGAGAUCUGAAGCCAAAGAACAUAUUGGCAAAUGCAAAUUGCAAGCUCAAAGUUUGUGACUUUGGACUAGCAAGAGUUGCAUUUAGUGAUACCCCCACCACAAUAUUUUGGACAGACUAUGUAGCUACAAGAUGGUAUAGGGCUCCAGAAUUAUGUGGUUCAUUUUUUUCCAAGUAUACUCCUGCGAUAGAUAUAUGGAGUAUUGGAUGCAUCUUUGCUGAGGUGUUGACUGGGAAACCAUUGUUUCCUGGUAAGAGUGUUGUUCAUCAAUUAGAUCUGAUCACUGAUCUUUUGGGGACACCUUCAUCAGAAACCAUAUCAGGAGUACGGAAUGAGAAAGCAAGGAGAUACUUGACAGAGAUGCGAAAAAAGCCUUCUGUGCCAUUUGUACAUAAAUUUUCAAAUGCUGAUCCUUUAGCCCUUAGGCUAUUGCAAAGGCUUUUAGCCUUUGAUCCAAAGGAUCGACCAACUGCUGAAGAGGCACUGGCUGAUCCAUACUUCAAGGGCUUGGCCAAAGUUGAGAGAGAACCUUCUUGCCAGCCUAUCUCUAAGCUUGAGUUUGAAUUUGAGAGGAGAAGAGUCAUAAAGGAUGAUAUUAGAGAACUAAUUUAUCGCGAGAUACUAGAAUACCAUCCUCAGCUGCUCAAAGAUUACAUGAAUGGAACUGAUGGCACAAAUUUUUUGUAUCCUAGUGCUAUAGGUCAAUUCAAAAUGCAAAUUGCGUAUCUUGAGGAAAAUAGUGGUAAAAGUGGACCAGUUAUUCCUCCAGAGAGGAAGCAUGUUUCCCUCCCUAGGUCUACGGUCCAUUCAAGCACGAUUUCUCCAAAUGCACAGCCAAAUUUGUUUUCAUAUGAAAAUCGGCAAAUGAUAGAACAGGCUUCUAACAAUGAUAGAGUAACAGAUGCAAAUUUGGGAAAUUCAACAAAGGGUUCGCGGCCGCCACCAAGGGUGCCAGGAGCAAAACCAGGGAGAGUGGUUGGACCGGUUCUGCCAUAUGAAAGUGGCAGAAGCAUGAAAGAAACCUAUGAACCAAGGAUCUACAGAAACUCAAUUCUUCCUUCCCAGGCUGUCUCUCCACACUGCUUCUUUAGGACACACACUGCGAAUCAAGAGAAGUCUGUAGUGGAUAUUCAGAGAGAUUCUUCACAAGCCAAACGACAACCUGAAACCCAACUGUUUAACAUGGCAGCUAAACCAGCUUCAGGCAUUGACGUCAACCCCAAUCCGUACUACCAAACGCAAACGAAGGUAGACCAACUAAAUGCAAUUGAUGCAAAACUGCUGCAGGCUCAAACUCAGUUCGGUGCUGUUGGUGCUGCAGCGGUAGCUGUAGCUGCUCAUAGGAAAGCAGGAGCAGUGCAGUAUGGAUUGUCUUAGAGGGUAGGGAUAGGUUUGAAUGGUUUGUCUUGACUGUUUGUCGUACUUGGAUUCAAAGUCAAGUGGGUUGUCGUCUAUGGUGGAUGUGAUGAUCCUUGCUUGGAAUUGGAGGGCUAGGUGGGAUUAAUCGGAUUAUCAUUUUUAGAGGGAGGUUUAAUGUCCUGUAUUCUCUCGUUCAUUCAAAUUAUGCCCUUCUGUAAUUAAUCAUACACCUCAUUGAAUUUAUAAAUAAAUACAAAUAAUGUUUCUUGCCUUAA